UUUAGCAGUAAUUACAAUCUAGGAUUUUGUGUAUGGACACUGUACAUAGAAUAUAAAUUAUCACGUGACUAUAAAUCAGCGAUAUAGAAUACUCAAUAACUGUUUCUUAUUCAAAACAUUUUCAAUACGAAACAGUCAUGAAACUUCGUUUUCGACGAAACAGUACGAGUGCAGGAAAUCGCUUUCUCUAGCCUCAAUGGCGUACCCUGUACAAACGGAUGUUUAAUAUUGUACCAAUAGAGCUAAUAUUAUUCAAAUAAACCAUCAUGAACCAUUAAAAGAAAAUACGACACGUAAAAUACAAACGAGCGAUAGAUCUUGUGAAUUCGUAGCCACACAUCGACGCCAUGAAUCUACGACUUUGACGCGAUUUUAGCGGAAACAAGAUGGAGUAAGAAAGUACUGAUGCUCUGGGUAAUUGGCUGCCCCUAAACCGGCCCUGGUGAGAGCGGGAUAGAAAGAGAAAGAACGUACAACAAAGAUGGCGGAUAAGUGGGGACGGUGGAGGAGGCAUAACGUAGGAGGAAGAGGACGAAGAGAUUGCAGAGUAGAAAGAGAAGAGGAGAAAAGAGGACAAGACUACAGGGUGCGAGAUUCGUUAAGAGGGGCAAAGGGAAGAGGUGAUGGGUAUAGAGGGGUAACGAAGAGAAGAGAUGAGAAAAGCCAAGAGGAGAGGUAGCGAAAAGAGAGAUAGACACGGCUCGAAAGGGACGAGUGCGGCUUGGGGGUUUGGGUUAGCUCGUUCGACCCGUUAUCCCUUCUCUCCCGGAGUUCCGAGUUCUCCCUACCUGUCCUUGCUUCGAUUCGAACGAGUCCCACCACUCUCUCCCCUCCGGGAGCGUACGAAAAGUUUCCCCUUCCAGAGAUACACUUCACCGGCUGGCGGGCGACGAUCGCAAUUGCAAGCCGCCGCUUUUCGAGGUAGACUCGUUUCGUUCCCCUACUCUCUGCUCCCCACUAUGAGGCACACAGCGAUACUAGCCAGCGAGCCAUACUACGCUCCCGCCACGGUGACGUCACUCUGAGUAGUGUAGUGCAGUGAGAAGGAGCGAAGCCAGCUCCAUCCGCGUUACAUGGCCCAAGUGAACGAAGCGAGUGCGUUUGAGACGUACAUAUACAAGCGUGCAUUGUAGCGCGAUCAAGUUGACGAAAAUAUCAUUAAUUUGUUUGAUUAAUGCACGUUAUGUGACACGACAAGUUAUUCGAUCGCGAGAAAGAUAGAAAAAUUUACGCUUCGCUUUUGCUGAAAAAUAUAUUCGACGUAUAAUUCCAUUAACGAAAUAUGAGAGCGGUGAUGAUAAUACAGUGAUGUGAAAUAAUCGACUACACGAGUUAUAAGUGAAAUAAAAGAAAAAGAAAUUGAAGUAAGAAAAAAAGAAAAAAAGUGUGUUCGUGUGCGCGGUAAAAAAGAGUUAUACCUUGUAAUAUUUAGCAGAAAGAAAAGGCAACGAUUCGUAAAUCGAUUGUUCUUUUUUUUAAGUGGGGUUUUCGCGAGAGUUUGAAAGCGCAUCUACAGCCUCUUCGUCGGUGUACGACAGAAAAACGAGAGGCGUUCGAAAAUUUGCAGGCAAAAUCAACGCGAGUGUGAAUAUGCUUGGCAAAUAUGCGUUGGGAUGUAUCGCCCGCGCAUUGUGCCCGGUGUGCUUGGUGUGACGUGUGAUUAAUCGCUUUUCUUCAUACGCGAUUCAGUGGUAUACGAUGUGGUGUUCGGCGACGGUCCUGAUCCUUCUAGCCGUUGCCAUCAGUGGUGUCCACUAUCGAGGCUCCUCCUCUUCUUCUUCGUGGUCGUCGUUGUCGUCAGCGUGCGUCGCGACGCAAAAAUUUUAUUGCGAGAGCUCUGUAGCCACCCUCUUCUGUUGGCCGAUCGUUCCACGGCGCUGCCCUGACGACAGCACUCAUCGUGCUUGGGGUCACCACCUUCCGGCUAGUGACUAGUGAUAAUUUGUUUGUUGCCAGUGAUUAAAUUGGGAGUGUCGAAGUGGGAGGAAGCUCCUUUCUUCGUCGUGGAAUACAUGUAACGGUUUCUUCGUUUCUUGUCGCGUGUGUGUCGCGAGCUAUACAUGAGAAAGUUUCUUCUCGUGAAUUGAAUAAGAAAUAUCAUUUGUGUCAUAUCGAAUCUAUUAUUUACUUAUUGAUUUGUCGCGAAACAAGUAAACACCGAUUUAAAGAAACCCGGCAAAGAGAAAAGAAGUUUCUUUUAGCCGACCUGCUGGCGGUAUUGAAUAUCGGUGGUGUGGUGAGAGUGUGCCGUGAUUAGAGUCGGGCGAAGUUGUGUGUCGUUGUACAGUGCCGCCAAACGAUACCACAACAUCCGAUCCCAAAUGAAGAGUUCGGAGCAAAAUGGUUAGAGAGACACGUCACUUGUGGGUUGGAAAUCUGCCGGAAAACAUCCGAGAGGAUCGUAUACGAGAGCAUUUCAAACGAUAUGGACGCGUGCAGAGCGUCAAGUUGCUGCCGCGGGGCGAAGAAUGCCCCGUGGAUGGAGGUUCCGGUGGUUCCCUCGGAGAAGGUAACGAGGGUGGUUCCGGUUCCAAUUCUGGCAACGGUGGUAGUGGCGGGGGCAGCGGUUCCUCAGGCAGCACCGGGGGUGCCUCCGCGACGGUGGCGUUCAUGGAUAUCAAGUCCGCAGCGAAGGCCCACGCGACUGAACAUACCUUGGACGAACGAGCCCUUACCACACAAUACUACGAACCACAACAUCUUCAGCACAGGUUUCCCUCGCACGGAAGUUCGGAGGAUCACGGAUCCGGCGGGGUUAGCGGAGGUGGAGUUAGCGGAGUCGGAAGCGGUGGCGGCGGGAGUUCCGGGAUCGUCAGCGGGAGCGUUGGAAGCGGAGUCGGCGGCGGCGGCGGCGGUGGCAGCGGCGGUGGCGGUGGCGGCGGCGGCGGCGGCGGAGGAUCCGCAAAUGGAGGCGGCGGCGUUGGAAGCGGAAUCGGAGGCGGCGGCGGCGGCGGCGGCGACAGGGACAGGGACAGGGAGCGGGAGAGGGAGAGGGAGAGGGAGAGGGGGAGCGAGGGCUUCGAGUCACGUGGCUCGCACGGCAGUUUCUACACGAGCGAGCGAACCGGCCGAGGGGUCGGAUCCGGGGGUGGUGUCGGCGGUGUCGGCGGCGGCGGCGGUGGCAUCGUCGUCGGCGGCCAUCCGGCGGAUCCUUCUCCCGGUGAUCCUGGCGGCUACAUACCCCGCGGCCGUCCACCUCCUGCGAGCUCUUACCACGUGACAUCGAGCAGGGCGAGGGAUCGGCUCUACUCGAGAACCGGCCCGUACGCCUCCGGGCCGCCGCCCCCGCCCCACUUAGAUCGUCAUCGCGGUGGAUUGCCGCCGUCCUCUUGGUCGGCGUACGAGUCGACCACCUCGAGGUACGGCAACGCACCGCCGCCACCCUCGCCUGCCAACAACGAUGCCUACCAGGACGAGCAAGAUUACAUUCGUCGUGUUGUUCCACUAGGCGGCGGUGGAGGUGGCGGCAGCGGUAGCAGCGGUGCGCUGCGACAGCACAAAAAACAGCGCAGAAAAUCGCGAAGCGGAAGCAGCUCGCCGAGCGGCAGUAGCCGUUCAGGGAGCAGUAGCAGCAGCCGCAGCGGCAGUUCCGCCGCCAGCACUUCCGGGGCAAGCACGUCGCCCGGCAGCUCGCCCCACCGAGGCGGAAAUGCGGCCGUCACCGAGGACCGCAGGCCGCUCGCUAUUUGCGUGCGUAAUUUGCCGGCACGCAGCAGCGACACAUCCCUCAAGGACGGCCUGUUCCACGAGUACAAAAAGCACGGGAAAGUGACGUGGGUGAAGGUGGUGGGAGCAGCGGGGGAUCGUUACGCCCUGGUCUGCUUCAAGAAGCCCGAGGACGUGGAGAAGGCGCUCGAGGUUUCCCACGACAAAUUGUUCUUCGGAUGCAAGAUCGAGGUUGCCCCUUAUCAGGGUUACGAUGUCGAGGACAACGAGUUCAGGCCUUACGAGGCCGAGGUCGACGAGUAUCAUCCAAAGGCGACCAGGACCCUGUUCAUCGGCAACCUUGAGAAGGACGUCACCGCGUCCGAGCUUAGGAAGCAUUUCGAGCCUUUUGGCGAGAUAAUAGAAAUAGAUAUUAAGAAACAAGGCGCCGUAUCGAGCUAUGCCUUCUGCCAAUACUCCGACAUCGGCAGUGUCGUCAAAGCUAUGCGAUCGAUGGACGGCGAACACCUGGGUGCGAAUCGAAUAAAACUCGGAUUUGGAAAGUCGAUGCCCACGUCCUGUGUAUGGGUUGACGGUAUCGGAGAUUGUAUGUCGGAAAAGUACCUGAACAUGCAGUUCCAUCAGUUUGGACCGAUAAAUCAGGUGGUGGUCGAUCGCGAACGAGGGCACGCUUUGGUCUUCUUCGAGCAGAUCAGCUGCGCCCAAGCCGCCGUGAAGGAGAUGAGGGGCACCGCUCUUCGCGGCCGCCGGCUUCAGGUCGAUUUCGCCUCCAGAGAGUGUCAGGAAACGUUUUACGAACAUCUCGAGCGGCAGGGAUCGCCGGUGAAAGACCUUGGGACACGAGGCCUUCCCCUGCGACGACCUUCGAUGUCUCGUACUUUCGACUCCGGGGUAACGGUGUCGAACUCGAGUAGCCGGUUCACCCGCUACGAGACGCCCCCUAGGUCGAGAACGGCGAGUUACUCCCGCGCGUCGGGUGGCGGAAGCACGCCGGGCGCUAGCCCGGCCCAUCCGACGGCAAUGUCGCGCAGCAGCAGGCGCUCCUACCAGGACACGUACUACGACGGCGAUUACAGCGAGCCCGCGCCGCGACGGUUCCGAAGCUACGACGAGUUCAGCCAGGGGAGCGGGGCAAGCCACGACGAUUACCAGAGCAGCGUGCUAGGCGAUGGGAAGUUGAACGACGACGAUUGCCCACCUCCGUCCCGACGGCACGCCGUCCAGAGCGUCGUGACUAGCGUCGACCCCCCUGCCCCGCCCCCGCCGCUUCUGCCCCCUCCGGACAUAAGACACCUGCAGAAGGAGAGGGUCCAUCUGUUGGAACAGUUGGAGGAGUGUCACAGCAGCGGGGACGAGGUCGGUUUCGCGCCCAAGAAACGUGCCAAACUCGACGGCGCCUCGACCGCUAUAUUGUGCGAGGACGACGAGCCCGAGAUCGCAUCCUUGUUGGUCACCUCGCAUUCGAGUAGGAAAGGGAUGGACAUACGACGGGUGAGCGAUGGAAAAGUAGUGAUACAUCACAGCACGAGGAGGGGCAGCUGCGAGGGGAGAGGGCCGGGACCUUGCAAGCGGCGUCGCGAUGUUGCCAAUAGGCAUCACGAGCAUCACGACGGAUCGCGGCCAGGAACGCCGUUGGUGGACGAGAGGCCGGAGAACCUGGUGCCUAGCGAGCCGAGGCGGUUUCGGGAGAGGAGCCACGACGGUCCUUUGUCGUUGCCUUUGCCAAGGUUCGCUGCCCAAAUGUUGAAUAACAACAAUAACAACAACAGCAACAACAACAACAACAGCGGCAUCAACAGCAACAGUGGCAGCGGAAACAGCGGCAACAGUGGCGGGCGACCGAGCAGCAACUCCUCGAGCCUCGCGAAGAUGGCCAGUCCACCGUGCGCCAAUCUGUCCACGGCGCCGAGCCCCCGAACGGCCCCCCAGCCUCCCGCCUCGCCGCCGCCCCGCCACCCGAGCCCCAGCCCGACGAGCUCCGACAGCGAGACGGCGCCCCAAUCGCCGAGCCUCGAGGAAAGGAUACGCUCCCUCGACGAGAAGUACGAGAAGUGGUCCGGGUCGAGGGCGUUGAGCGCCGCCGGUGGCGACGCCCUCGCCAAACUCGACGCGACCGCAUCCGAGAGGUUCAGGUUUCGGCACAAGCUGCUCGACUUGGAUCUGCACGAGGUGCAGCCUAGCGACAUAGUGAAAUCGGUCCUUGCCAAGAGGAGCGUGUUCGACGAGGACUCGAAGCGGUUGGAGAACUUCAGCGAGAAAUACGAGCCGAGAGAGUUCACCGGCGUGAUAGGCGUCGGUUCGAUGAUCGGCGCCGCGGCCGGCCUCGCCUCGAGCGGCGGCGGCGGCGGCGGCGGCGGCUGCACCGGCAAAGUCUGUUUGCAGUAUCCGUUUCCUAGUCACCCGCCGGUACAAUUGUCAACGUCCACGUCUGUCGCCGGCCAAAUCAUCACCACCACCACCACCACCAGCACCACCAUCAGCAGCACCAACAACACCACCGCCACCACCUCCCUCUCCUCGAGUUUAACCUUCACCACCGGCAUGUCGUCGGCGUUGAAGGCUGCCGACCCGAGGACAGGCGUGCAGCACAACUGCGUGCACCCAACGCCGACCACCCCUGUGACACCCGGCACCUCGAUCAAAACUGUCAGCCCCGAAUUACCACCGGUUUCACUACCGAUCGGUCUUGGUAGCGGAACGGCAGCCACCAACAACGGCAACAAUAGCAGUAGUGGCGGUUUAGCGUCGGCUAGUAGUAUUCUUAGCGGCAACGGUAGCGUAAGUAGUAUUCACGCUCUUGGAGCGUCUACGGGGCGAGGGUUGGCCGGUAGCGGCGGGUGUACGGCGUCCACACCGAGCUCGACGACGACGACGACCGCGACGACGCCUGCCAUCUCGACGGCAACCUCCACCGCCGCAUCCACCAUCACGUCGAGUAACAACGGUGCUGGUGGUGGUGGUGGUGGCCAGUAUCAUCAGACUUCCAUGUCCACCGCUUGUUCAGCCUCGUCGUCUUCAACAACGACGAUCACGACGACGACGACGACGACGACGGCGACGACAACGACGACGGCUACGGCGACGACGUUGUCGUCGACGUCCAUUACAGCUUCAUCCGCCUCCUCUUCGAUCACCAACACAUCCUCCACCUCCUCCUCCUCCUCCUCCGCCGCAUCGUCGCUCUCGUCAUCCUUGGAAAGUUCCCGCUCCAGGCCGAGGAAAGAGGUCGGCGGUAGUGGGAACCGCGAGGGCAGAGAGUCUCGGGACGGGAAGGACGGGUCGAAGUACAGCGGCGGGAAGAGCGGGAAGGAUUGUCAGAGGAAGUCGAGGAAGGAAGAGAACUCGGGCGAGGUGGAGAGAAAUAAUCGUAACAAGGAUCGGGGGGAGGAGAAGGACGCGGCGACGGGGGGAACGACCGACGUCGGCGACAACGACAACGGCGGCAACAGUAGUAGCAACAACAACAAUAAUAACAACAACAACAACAACAACAACAAUAACAACAACAAUAACAACAACAACGGUCACACGUUGAGGGAGAGCAAGGAGAUUACCCGUUACGAGAGGAAGGAGAGGGAGGAGAAGGAGAGAAGGGAGAAGGAGCGGGUGGAGCGGGAGAGGAGGGAGAGGGAGGAGAGGGAGAGGCGGGAGCGGGAGGAUCGGGAGAGGAAGGAGCGGGAGGCGCGGGAGAAGCAGGAGAAGCAGGAGAAGGAGAGGGCGAGGAAGGAGAGGGAGGAGCAGGAGAGGCGGGAGAAGGAGGAGCGGGAGAGAAGGCGGGAGGAGAAGGAGCGGGUGGAGAGGGAGAGGAAGCGGGAGAGGGAGGAGAAGGAGAAGGAGCGGGUGGAGAGGGAGCGGCGGAAGGAGAAAGAGGAACGGGAACGGGCGGAGAAGGAGAAGAGGGAGAAGGAGGAGAGGGAGAGGGUGGAGCGGGAGAAGCACGAACGGGAGAAGAGGCGGGAGCGCGAGGACCAAGAGAGGCGGGAGAAGGAGAAGUCUGAGCGGGAGAAGAGAAGGGACAGGGAGGAGAAGGAGAAGGAGAAGAGGAAUCGGGAAGAGGAGAGCAGCAGCGGCAGGCGACAACCCACCGAGAAUCACGUUCAUCAAUCUGCCUCGCAAUCGCAAAAUCAAAUAUCCCCUGCUCCGGUGUCCAUCAAGCGACGGUGCUCGUCGCAGGAUGGACCACCCGAGGAGGACGCUAAACGCAUGAAGAUCUCGGAGCACAGGAGGGACAGCAAAGACCGGCCUAGGCAGUCGAACAGGAGAUCGGAGGAUCGCAAACACCGGAACGAUUCUCACAGGUCGAGCCGGGAGAGCAGGGAGAGCCGCGACAGCAAGGAGAGCACAGGAUCCGUCCAAGGAUCCCAGGACAACGGUAGUAGUAGUAGUAGUAGCAGGGAGCAGCAACAACACGGUGGUAGUAGCGGCGGCGGCGGCGGCGGCGGCGGUGGCGGAGGCGGUGGCGGUGGUGGCGGCGAGGCGAACAACAGAGAGAAUCAACGGGAGAACAACCGAGAGACCAGUAAAGAGAAACAACGAAGCAAGAGGAAUCGUUCGGAGAAGGAGUCGAGGGAACGAAGCCCGAGGGUGUCUCACGAGUCGGAUAAAGAGUUCCUAUCGAGACUGGAUAUCUCGAAGCGCAAUGAUUCCAACUCGCCGAGCGAGCAGAGUACGAAUCAUUCGCGAGAAAUGCAGCAGCAGCAACAGCAGCAGCAGCAGCAGCAGCAACAACAACAACAGCAACAACAACAACAGUCUUCCAUGAAUCUGCACAGCGACGUGGACGAUGGCCCUUUAUCGACUCACGACAUCCAGGUGGCCAGACAUCCAUCCGCCACCACAGACACGGACAGCGACGAGCCGAAGAAACACUCGAUUUUCGACAUAGUUGACGACGAGCCUGCCUACAUCAGCAUGUACGACAAGGUGAAGGCACGCUCGACAAAGAACAUGCAGAAACUGGAGGAGGAGAAGCGGCAAGUACGACUCAAGGACAAGUUCUCGCAGUUGAAACAGAGUCGAGCGAGGAGGGAGGAGAAGAAGCAGAGCACCUCGUGGGACGGCGACUCGGUGUCGAGCAAGGCUUUGACGGAGGACGAGGCAACCUCCGAAUCCGACUCGGCCAGGGCCAAGUCUUUGUCGAGGAAGAGUUCCAGAUCUCGAAUUCACUCGGACACCAGCGAGGAGGAGGAGUCGUUCAACAACAAGAUUCGAAAGGUGGUGAAGACCGAGAGGUUCUUGGAGAGCGACGUCGACCUCGGAUUCGCCGACACGGAGGAGAAACACAAUUCUCUCGAAACGACGAACGUGGUAGUGAACAGCGUUCACUCGAACGUGAAGGAAGAGCCUCGUACGUCGGACGACGACGAAAGAGUUCCCGUUCCUUUCCGUGGCAAUCAUCCGGCGAUCGUGGUCAACAAUCACGAGCGCGACUCCCGUAAAAAGUCGCACAAGAAGAAGCAAAAGCGGCAAAAGAACUCGAUAUCGAACGAGGAGAACAGCCUGAAAACCGAGUCGUCGGAAACCGUGGUCGAGCACAAGAACAAGUCGAACACCGUGGCGAGUGGUAACGCGGAUUGUCGACCUAAUCACACGUCCGAGUCCAUCAACGUGUCCACGACCGCGACGUCCGCUACGACUACGCUCGAGAACACGGAGGAGAGGAUAAGAUCGGACAAGAAACAACGGAACAAGAAGGACAAGAGGAGGGACAGGAACGGCGACGACAAAGCCAAAGCGAGGAGGAAGAGGUUGAACAGGCAGGAGGCUAGAGAUUCGCAACGAAUGGAGGAUAUAUUCGGCCCGUUGUCGGACGACGUGGACGACGGCCCGUCCAACAACGCUCUUUUCAAUCGGUUGGGUAACAACGCGUACGCCUCGGACAGCGACGGUGGCCACAGCCCUGGGCUGGACGUGGAGCGAGCCAGGCGGAAGGCGGAGAAGAAGCAGCGUCGCCACCAACCGGAGGACGAGAACAGCGUGGACUUGGCGGAGGCGGGGCGUGAGAUCGAGGCGAAGCUUCUGGGCCUGCCCAACUCGCCGAAAUCGGGCGUGGCUUGUACGGAGAGCAACGACCACGAUGUGUUCCGGUUCACCGACGAUAACGACAGCGUGGAACCGUCCACGCCGUCCGCUAUUCCAGAGAAGGUGAAAGAGAAGAAAAAGAAGAGAAAAAAGUCGAAGGAAGAGCGCAGCCGGAAGGAUUACCAUCAUCAUCACCAUCAUCAUCACCAUCAUCACGAGAAGAGCGGCGAAUUGCCUUAUUUGGGAGCUGAUCCCAGCCCUCCGAGGGCCAGUAGCCCUCUCGUAUCGAAAACGAUGUCGCCUACCUUACCUACGCCCAGGGACACCUUGCUGAGUCCCAUUCCGAAGGUCGUGUCCAACGUGACGACGAUGCCGUCGAUGACGCCCCCUCCCGUGGUUGGAAGUGGUAUUCAAUCAACAAAAACGGAAAAGAAGAAGGACAAAUUUAUACCAGGGUUCGGUAUCGAGAUCGAUGAAACGAUUCAUGAUAACGCGGUGAAGAGUAUCUCGGAACCGGAGGAGCGUGAGAGCAAUUGUCAGUCGCGCGGCGGUAGGGAGGAAGCGGAGGUGAAUGCAUCGACAACGCCACCCACGCAAACGGAGGACAAGCCACGAGUGGCCAUCUCUCAGGAAGAGACGGAGGACGCAGUCGCUGCUUUGCUGGAGGAAACUUUCGGAGGAUCGACGGAAGAUUUCUCGUACGAGGGCGAGGAAGAAGACGCGGAAGCUGAAGACACGGUCGGAGCGACGGCCGAGGCGCCUCAAGAGGAUGUCGAGGAGAUGCAACAGGCCGUGGAAAGUCUGAACGCUUCGACGGGAGAGGGUGAAACUGAUAUGAAACCGGAUACUCCUCAAAGCGAGCACGAUCUGCAGAUAGACACGGACACGGAAGAAGACCCGAACUACGAGACGUUCGAUUUGACGCAACCGCCUAAAACGCCAGACAUUCCAUCAUUCUACAAAUCGCCCACGAAAACCAUCAACGCUAUCGCGCCUUCCCUGGCGGCGACGACAGAGAAGGCCAUCGAAUCUCGAAUCUCGUCCAUACCCGUGAAAUCGCAGAGUCCACCGCCAACCUCUGUGAUCGCGCAUUCGUGGAACUUGAACGAGAAGCCGCGAGAAAUAACGAAAACCGUGCAAGCGAUGGAAAACGUGGAGACAAACGUGACCGCGGCCAGUCCGGAGAGGAUUAACUCGCAGCAGGCGCGUCGAGCUUCGACCUCGCCACCUCCUCAAUACAAACAGCCAGUCUUAGGUCCGUGCAGCGUACCGAUUACCAGUGAAACUCCUAGAAUAGCCGCGGUCAGUCCUAGACCACCGCCGAUCAGCGUGCAAUCCUUGUACCAGAAGCUGCCCGUUUCGCCGCAAUCCCAGAUGGUACCCAUGCGACAAACCUCUCCCCGAAUGCAGAACAUCUCCGCCGUUUCGACAUCAGCCUCCUCGAAUCAAACUCCUCUGCCACCUCUAGUUCCAUCCAGAAUGCCACCUUUGGUGCCGUCGCAAUUGUCGCCGAGAAUCCUGCAACCGUUGUCACCUAACGGGCAAUGGUCUCGAAACUCGGCGCUCAGCCCACACGUACCAAGCGUCGGUAAACCGUCUCCUCCACCGGCCAGGAUAGCUGUAAGCGUGCCCGUUUCAGCGCACAGACCGGAAGCACCCGCGCAACAGAUUUAUUCCACGGCUGCCACCCAACAACCCGUCAUUCAGCACGCUCCUGGAAUGAGAGCUUUGGCGCCUAGUCAUCCGAGAGGAGGCUUGCCACCUCUCACGCUCAAUAUCCCACACCGUCCUUACAUGCCUGUACCACCGUUGGCUCCGGGUGUACAAGUGAAAAGCUCGAGGGAUUCCACCCUGGGUGGGAAAUCCGUGAUUGAGACGUUACUUCCGGUAAAUCCUAACGAGCCUCCCCAGCGACUCGAGGAACCGAAAUUAUCGCCAGCUGUUAUUCCAGAGCCCACGAACAAGGCUUCCACCUCACCUAAAGUUCCAUCGCCGAAUCAACCGCCCACGUAUAUUCCCGAGACGGCGAAGAUCGAGAUAAACGCCAGUACGUCGAGCCCAGUGUUCGGCAAACCGACCAGCAUCUCGGACACUUGCACCUUGUCGUCCAGAAAUCAGAAACAAAUUUCAGGCGCCAUAACGACGGAUGGUAAUUUGUUGUCCCCGAGACAGAAGCAAGAAAUUUCGAGCCUUCAACUUUUAACUACUCAUGUGCCACGCUCCUCAACGCCGAGCCCUGUGAUAGUCAGUCAUGGACAAUCUCACCUAGUCCACAAGUCUGUGGUGCAUACUAUCGGUGCAUCCACCGUGUCUUCGGCCAAUCAACCGUUGAUCAAGACGGUUGUACCUAUAGUUUCGCAGCAGAUCGCGUCCACGGUACCUGUUUCCGUAUCCGAAGAGAAGUGCAUCAUUGCGCAGGCGUCGCUACCUCUUAGCACGAGCAAGAGGCACUCGCCGAUAAUGCAGAGCAGUCAGUUGUCGAAGCCUCAUAUACCAUUAGUAUCCACGGUGUCGCAAGCCAUUAUCGCUAGAACUGUACCAUCGACGGUAUCCACGGUAUCGUCGCCACCGAUCAACAACGAGCAAACGACGACCGAGUGCGUGGAAUCGCGUCUAUCGUCGGACCAAGAGUUGGAGGUGGAUGACGCGCAGAUGGCGCAAACGGCGCAGCCCAUGCAACUUACUCCGCCCAUACAACCUACACAACCGAUGGACAUUAUAAAAGAAGAACCGCCCGAAAUUUCGAAACGAGAAGACACCACGAUGAAAGAGGAAUCACGCAGCGAAGAAUCGGAACGUCCGUUGAAUCAACCAAUCUGUACCAACGUGGACGUGAAUAAUCUUACCAAGGUAGAGUCACAGGAUCUUGUCAAAUCGGAAAAAUUAUUAUGUACGCCGAAAUGUGAAUCUAACGAUAACAAUCUUGUUCCCAAAAUGGAAAUCGAGCCCUCUUCGGUUAAGUCAGAAUCCGCGAACAACGAGAUCAAGGAAGAGGAGGCUGUGAAAGAGAACGAAGAAGCGGAUAUGGACGAGGAAUCGGCGGAGGAUCCGUUGAAAGAACCGAGCACAGAUCCACUUGCCAUCGACGUGUCUAAAGAGGAUCCAACGGAUAGUAAAGAGGAUAGUGAUUAUUGGUCGGCCAAAGAAGUGAAUAUCGAGAGCGUAAUAAAGAAAGUAGACGCGUUGUGCGAUGGCGAGGGCAAUGACGGUGACGAAACGCAACAUGAUCAAAACACCAGUAACGAGACGCAGGAGCAACCGAAAUCCAACGAAUCGGAAUGGUUCAACGCCGAGGUAACGGAGACCGAGAACAAGAAGAACUUUGCAGCAAACGAUGAUCAGGAUGAGGGUGUAGAAACGUGUGAAAGUGAAUCGACCAAGAGUCGUCGUGGUAGGACAAAGAGCAGACGUGGCGGUAGCCGAGGUGGAGUAACCACCAGGCGAAGCAGUAGAAAUACUGCUACUGUAGUGCAUAAACGGGGAGCGAGAACUCCUAGAGGAAGCAAACAUCACGUGGAGAAGAACAAAUUGCCAGCUGACGUUUACGAGUUUCACGACGACAGUGAGGAGGACAAUGCCGGACGGCCACGAUUGAUUCUCACGAUCAAGUCUCCAGUACCGAAUCUAUCCGGUCCCAAUGCGCAACCAGCGACACCUAUUGCCGCAGUGAAAGAAGUACCGCCAGAAGAGUUUGUCCCUCCAGCGGCGAACACGAGAAAGUCGAGGAGAUUGGCCGAGAGAGAUGGAAUUAGAAACACGAUCGACGAUGUGAUCGAAGAUGUCGUUCGUGGUUCCGCGGUGAACAAGAAUGUACUGGGAGGAUCUGGCAAUGUUCACGCUACCAGACGAAGCACCAGGCACAACAAUUCGCCUCGCGUACAGACCACGAUGCAAUUGACCGAACCUAGAAAGUCGCCGAGAAGCAUGCGCGGUAAAUCUGCGCGAAGAACAUCCGAGAACGAUGACGACGAAGAGUAUCGCGAAUUGAUGAAAAUGAAGGAAACACCAUCCAUACCUCAAGACCUUCAAAACAAAGAAGAGAGUGUUCCAACUCCGGAUGAAACUCCAAAAGCGGAAGAGGCCAGUCAACCUGUAUCAGAACCAACACAGAAACCAGUUUCUCAUGAACCAAUGACGCUGAUAGAUCCGGUGACUGGAAUGUUGAUACCGAUGAGGGAGUCGGAGGAAGGUCAAUACAUUCCAGUUUCUACGACCUCUGGACAGACGCAAUCCGUAAACAGAAAUGCGUGCGAGUCCAGAACUGCUCCAGUAAUGAUGGCAAAUGCUGUUCUUAACACGAGUGGAGUGUUAAGACCGAAACCACCUCAACCGGAAAAUCUAAGUAUUUCCGAAGAACCGAAAAAAGAACAAAUUCAAGAACCGGGCCAAAAUCAACAGAUUCAACCACAGACCAGCGUUAUAACGAAACCACAAUCUCCGGUAGUUCAAGUAACCUCUACGGUCAGUAUAAUUCAAUCAGCGACAACUUCCACCACCGUUACUUCUGUGGCUACAACAACGGUGGCGAUGCCAACGACACCUACUUGCUCAACUCAAUCGAAGCCUACGAGCCUCAAGGCUCAUGUAUUAAAUGCUAGUAAAUUAGCUACACCAGUGCAACAACAAGUGGUGAUCACGAAACCAGCAACUCCUAGCGUGCCUAGCCAAUCGGUUGUGCAAAACAUCGUAAAAUCCACUCAACCGAUGCAAGGUCUACACCUACAAGUGUCCAGUAACAGAGUGGUCUCGCCGAGUUUGAGCCCACGCAGUAAACAAACACCACAAAUUAGCGCAGCGAAUGGAAAAAGCCAAGGGCAGCCUAUGUCACCAGUUCUCAAUAAUACUGGUGUUCCACCGAAUCCGAAACAGCAUCUUUUGCAAGCGGCCAAACAACAAACAUCCGCGAUAGUGAAUCUUCCUUCUCAAAAAUUACCUAUGAACGUUCAUCCAGCUAAUGUAACUACAACACCUACCCCAAGAAUCCAUCAACCUGUUUCCCAACCAACAGCAUUAAAGGCUAUUAAUGGCCAGCCACAUCCUCUGAAUCCAAAAGCACAUUUGCUGCAGGCAGUGGUGCCACCAAUGGUCACAGGUGCAGUAGCCAGUCCACCUACUCAACCUCAUAUGAUGAAUCCACAACCCGCUAAUGUGAGCUGUUCGCGACCUCCAGCACCAAAACCAUCAGUAACGGGAACAAUGGAACCACCAAAAGUAGAAGUAUCAAUGUCUGGCUGUAUUAUGGUUCCAACUGCGAGUCCUCAAGCUCGAGGGGUACCAAUAUCAACUUAUGAAGGACCAUUGCAUGGAAGUGCGGGUGCUACUCCAUCACCAGGGGGCCAAUAUGGACUUGUCCCCCCACAUCGAUCCCAGAGUCCUCCAUUGCCUCCACCUGCCCAUCAUCAUACUAAUGCUUCUCAGGGUGACGUUGUAAACCAUUUUGGAGGUCUAGCAAGAGGAGCAGAGAUACCACCUCAUUAUAUGCAUCCGCAAAUGCUGCAAUAUCAGUACCUACGUGCACAACAAGAGGCAUUAACAGCUCCACGGAUAUAUCAUAUUCAAGAAACUCGAUCUCCUCAUUUACCAUUAGAUCCUAAACUUGAAACAGGCAUAGAGGAUAGUCACAGUCCACCAUUAGAAUUGAGACGUAGCGCAAGAACACCUCAAGAUCGGACUACUGAUAGUCCUCAAGUAGCUCAAGUGUAUAUGAUGCAUGGAACAGUGAGAUUACCACCACCACCACCGCAAUAUAAUGCUGGAAGUAAUCCAUCUUUAACUGGUGCGCCAGCAGCUGCCAGAGGUGGUUUUUACGAGCCUCCACCGGCGCAUUUGCGUUCUCAAUAUCCUAUCGCCGCCAGUGAAGCGCCAAGUGAUAGAGCAAUUACACCAGAUAGGCCUAGAAAGCACCAAGUAGUUACUCCACCUCAUGCUUCUCAAGUGCCACCACAAGCAGACUCGUUUCAAAUGUUAUUGCAACGUUAUCCAGUUAUGUGGCAAGGACUAUUGGCUCUUAAAAACGACCAAGCAGCAGUACAAAUGCAUUUCGUUUUUGGUAAUCCCAAUGUGGCAAGGGACAGUCUACCGUGUAAUAGCGAUGGCUCCACUCCACCAUUGAGAAUCGCUCAGAGAAUGAGAUUGGAACAAACUCAGGUCGAAGGAGUAGCGAGAAAGAUGCAGAUGGAUAAUGAACACUGUAUGCUCCUCGCACUUCCUUGUGGUCGAGAUGAGGUAGACGUACUACAACAAAGCAAGAAUCUCCAAACCGGAUUUAUAAUGUAUCUACAGCAAAAACAAGCUGCUGGAAUUGUUAACAUCGCUGCACCAGGAUCACAACAACCUGCAUAUGUAGUUCAUAUUUUCCCAUCGUGUGACUUCGCAAACGAGAGCUUGGCGCGAAUCGCGCCGGAUUUGCUGCAUCGUGUUGCAAAGAUCGCUCAUUUGCUCAUCGUUAUUGCCACCGUUUGAGGCCAACCAGUGGUCUAUUGGAUUACAAUCUAUCUAUAUUUCUCACCUUCACGCACUUAUAGGACACUUUGCACGUGGCAUGAAGCCUGGAGUGUCCUCCCGACGAAGUGCAGUAUCGUACAACAAACGAUGAGAAUAUUUCCGAGAGAAUGAAAGAUUUCUUCUUUGGAGUUAUAUCAGUGACAAUCAAACGGAUUCUUUUGCGAAUCGUGCCGACCUUCUAGAUCGUAGGCCUAAAACGUAGGUACGGGGUUGUGUAACGUAGAGAGGCUAGCACGGUCAAUGUAUCAACAUCACCGAGCGUGUCUUUCUUCUGCAGUUUAAUUUGCGAUGAUGAGUUCCAUUCCUGAUAUGGAAUGACUCUCAGUUCGCUCAUCACUGAUGACGUUUGUGAGAUCGACCGACAUCACUCUUGGUCUUUCUGACAAGCGGGUCAGGCACAACCCCAGUCCUUAGUGAAGACCUUCGAUUGAUAAAAAACCACGCGAUGUCCUCACUGUGAAAAGAAAAGAUUUAAGGG